AUGGAACAGUCUAAUAGUUUAUUACUUAAUGAACAAGCCUUAAAAGAAUGUCCUGAUCAAAAUAAACCCAUCUUCUUCUACGAAUGGCUAAGGUACUUGGACAAAAUCUUGCCUGUAACUCAAAAGGUAUGUGUUUUUGUUAAUUCUUUUCUGAAUUUAGAUAGGUGAGAUGAUUGAGCAGCUUGCUGUACAAUCAAGUUUUGAUCUAGAAGAUCUUACAGUAUCAUAAUCUUAACUUAUAUUGUUAUAGGCCGAUUUAAAAUCAGUUCAACAAAAGCUGGUCGAACUAUUGACUCAGCGAAUAUCGACCGGUUUAGGGCCUCCAACACGGUCAUUAUUGGCCAAAUGUCUUACUCAAGUAUUCUCCAUUGCCGACUCUUAUGAUCUCUUUCAAACAAUCAACUUAUGUAACGAUACCUUUAAGGUAAAAGACGAUUCUAAUGCUCAACUACAAGUUAAACUUACCGCAUUGGCCGUUCUUGGCCAGUUCUAUACGAGUUUGGGCAAAAUGGUGGGACGAUCUUAUGAAGAAUCGUUUGGAUUAUUAGCUAAAUGGAUAAAAAGUGCUGAUGUAAGUUGAGUUAGAUAGUGUAAUAUCGAAAACUACUAGUUUUGGUAUUGCUUUUUAACUUUAUCCUUUUGUGUUUACUACAGAAGUAGCAAAAUCGUUUUGUCUUGAUCUUUAAGUUGUUACUUACACUAAAAUGAAUGGUAAAACAUUACUUUCUACUCAUUGAAUUAGCUGAUAUCAAGUAUAAUAUAAAUUUUGAUAAAAUCGUAAAUUUUAGUCAGCUAGUCGAACUGAAAUUCUAUUAACCUUGUCAAAGAUGGUCUAUGGGUUGGGGCCAUCAGCACAUUCAAUACACAAGGACUUGUACAAGUUACUUACGAAAGGAUACUUGACCGAUCGUGUUAUGUUUGUCAGAGUAGCUGCUGUUAAAGUAAGUUUUUGUGAUUUUGACCAUUAUUGACUGAAAAGUAGGGUAAAUAUCCAUGCUUUCCCUGUGGAAGUUUUGGUCGGUUUUUUAUAAAUGACUUUUUAUGGUUUUAGUCGAUUUUUGAUGUUAUUGUACCGAGCCUAUUGAAGCUCUUGUUUUUAGGGUUUUUUCUAUAACUAGGAAAAUUUUUGGAUUUCAGUGCCUAAGCGGCUUGGUAUCGGAUCAAACGUCUCCAAUUUACAAUUCUGAUGUGGAUUCCGUGUUGACCGUCACCUUGAAAAGUCUGGAUGAAGCCAAUUUCGAAGUUCGAUCAGAAGUGGCCAAGGUUUUCGCUCAAAUUGCUGAUUAUACUGUUGGGAAGAAGCCGCAACGGAUGCUACAGGGUAAGUUUUUAUUUAUUUUUCGAUUUUUAGGUAUUAUUUGAAAUGGAGAAUCUUUAAAUUUACAUGGGAAAGGAGAAUUGUAUCCAAUUUUCAUUAAAAACAAGGCUUAUAUCAACUUUUUCAUUAAAAACAAGAAUUUCACUGCCAUUUUCAGACAAAACCGCCCAAUCCCAGCCAAAACAGAUGACUUUUGAAGAAGUCCUGAACUUUUUGAGUAACGGCUUCAUUAGAGGUGGCAUUGGGGGAUUCCUGAAGACCGGUAACAGCUCGUCCACUGGUCAACGUCAGAUUAGAGUCGGAGUGACAUUGGCUUAUGUUGAAGUGUGUCGCGAGCUGGGAACCAAUUGGCUGGAGAGGAAUCUAAUGUUUUGGCAAAAACAUAUUCUACAAAUGGCCUAUAAGAUUGGACCUGUCGCUAGUAAUACGUGAGUUUUGGGUUUUUUGACCUAUUUUGAUUAUUUAAGGUAAUAUUUUUAAUUUUUUGGAUUUUGUUAAUUUUUAGGUAACACUUUCAGUUAAGUUUAAAAUUUUAGGUGUAAACUUUAACUUAAUCUUGAAAUUUUAAAGCUAAUUUUGAAGUAAAUUUUGCAAAAUUUGAAACUUUUUGUUGAAAUUUCAUAAUUUUAGGUAACAAAUUUUGAAAAAUGUAAAAUUUUAUGAAAUGAUAUAUAAAGUAUUUUAAUAUUGUAGUGAUAGGUUCAAUAAACUGAUUUUUUGUCAUAUUUUUGCGUUUUUAUCGGUCGCAGCUCGCAAAAACAUUCUGCAGGUUGCGGCUGACAAGUUAUACGAUAAAUAAUUUUAAAACUAUUAUCAUCGAAAUUUAAGAUCAAAAUAAGGAAAAUUGUAGAAAAAUAGGUAAUAUAAUAUUACCAAAAUAAUUUUUGUUAUUUUCCAUGUUACAGUAACCACGCACAAUCGUCAGAAGCCGUCCAUAUGCGCAAGUGUGUAUCCUACAUUUUCCGCCAAACCCUGGGCUCAAUGUUGUCCGAAAGCGGACAAAUAACUGCUUGCAAAAAUUUCGGACAGCUUUUGAACGAAUACAACAAGUUUUUGGGUAGGUUUGGGCAUAAGGGACGUGUGAUAUUUACGAUGAUUUUUAAAAUUUAAAUUUUUUUUGGAAAAAAUGACAUUUUUUGGCAUAUAAAUAUACCUUUAUGUGGAAUUUUGGUACGUUAGACCUAAUCCGGAUUUUGAACUCCGUAUUUUACCUUUUUUAAUUCAAAUUUAAUUUAAAAAAUUUUUUAAAAUUUUUGUUUUAGAGAUUCCAGAUGACGAAGAAAAGGUCCUAAAAGAGGACGGUACAGCUAUAGCUAUUGUUUCAACUGUGAUAUUAUUGGAAAUGUCAGCUCUAAUACAACAAGUAGAUACGGCCAUAGCUGGAGCCUUAACAGAAGCCAAUGGGAUUCAGGAAAACAUCUUCGGAUGCCUUUUACAUCCUUUUAAGGCUAGUUUUUCGGAAAAAAAAUUAUUUUUAAGACAUUUUUAGGCCAACACUUCAAUAUUUUAGGUUUAAGCCCAUAAUUUUUUGGGCUUAAAGAUUAUUUUUUGAACUAAAAACGCCAUUUAUGGGCAUAAAAUACUAUUUUUUAAUACCUAAAAUUUAAAAACUAGGCUUUCCAUUAUGGUUCUAGCUUCAAACACACAAUUCCAUUUCAGAUUGUCCGCCUAUCAGCCGCCUUUUGCCUUCGGACAGCAGUCAAAGCUGUUCCUCACUUAGCCACUCCUCUCAUUGAUCGAUGCCUAGCUCGUCUCGAACAUCUACGCAACUCAUCCAUAGCUGUAUCAGGCUAUUCAGCAUGCAUCGGAGCACUGUGUGCUGGCAGUCUUCACACGGAACUAGGAAUUCCAUUUCAAAAAGUGAAAAUCGUCUUCCAAACGGCCGAAGACCUGAUCAAAACCGCGGCCCAAUCCUCGAAAUUGGCCCUGGACAAAACUCAGGCCGGCUGGCUACUAACCACAGCUCUGAUCAGCAUGGGAACACCCUACAUCAAACAUAAUUUGAAUCGACUGAUCAUGUUGUGGAAGUGCUCCUUCCCACGAAGUGUUGAAGAGGCGAAAGGAGAGAAGGGCCGAGGGGAUACCUUUAUAUGGGAAUGCAUCCUAGAAUCAAGGGCUGGGGCUCUAGCAUCAAUGGAAGCUUUUGUAGUACAUUGUCAAGACUUGUUAACUGAAGAUAUCACGAAACGGAUCGUCCACUGCGUAGAAACAACCUUAACAACCAUGGCAUUAGUCACCGACCUUCUAGGAUCACAUGGAGUACGUUUAAGAACCCCGAUCUAUCUAGUCAGAAUACGAUUAUACAGCCUACUAAAGUUUUUGUCUUUCAAAACAUACGAACAUCUAUUCAAUUCGUUGUUGAGAGAGCUUGUGGCCGAUAUCACGUUAAGUGAUAACGCUCAAGCAAUUACCGCCGUCUCGGAUCUGGCUGAUAAGUGCACGGCAGUUCAUGAUUGUCUACUGGGUGGAUGGUUGAGGAACUCUACACAUGCUGAACUUGAACUACAGGUAAGGGCAUGGGUGUUGGGGAGUAACGGGUAACGACGGGGCUGUUGAUGAGCUACAGAUACGGGUAGGGUUGUUGGUGAUACACAGGUAAUGAUAGGGCUGUUGGGGACUUAUAGGUAAUGAUAUGGAUGUUGGUGAAGGAUUUUGAGGAGAAAAUGAAGGAAAUUUUGAAGUUUUUGAAGGAAAAUUAGGUAAAAAUCAGGAAAAAAGGGUUCGAAAGUGUAGUAAAACCUUAUUUUUAUAUAGAAUAAGGUCUAGGAGUUUAAGUUUUAUUAACAAUAAUGUAAAAUACGCUCACUAAAUCUUUUAUUUCAUUAAGAAGGCUAAAAUUACGUUAGUUUAAACUUUUUUUAAAUAAAAAUUGAGGGAAAAUGUUUGAAAACACUAUAACAUUACUAUAAAAUCUUUAUUUUAAUAUAAAAUCGGCCUUAAAAAUUCAAAAUCUGUUCAAGAUUAUGUAAAAUACGCUUACUGAAUCUUUUAUUUCUUUAAAAAAACUAAAAUAACGUUAGUUUAAACUUAAUUUUUAAUUAAAAUUGAGGAAAAAGGGUUGAAAACACUAUAAAAUUUUUAUUUUAAUAUAAGAUCGGACUUAAAAAUUUAGAAAUCUAUUCAAAAGUAUGUAAAAUACGUUCCUGUGCCUUGUUUUAAAUUAAAAAGCCCGGUAAGCGACUUAAACCACGAAACAAAGACCUAAAACAAGAGAGAAGAGCCCGUGUUCGCGUAGCUCAUAGCGAGUGCACUCGCUUUUGGCUCGAAGCUGGGCAAGUUCGAGUCCGCACGCCUGUCUUGCUCCGUUAUGUCUCCGAAAUCCCCUCGUGGGAGACGAAUAGACAUACGACGGAUUUCUUGAAGGCAAGAACAUAGUGACGACGCCACGGUCCUGCUAUCUCAUUGAGCUUAUACUGCUAGUUUCGUCCGAUAUUUUUGGAUUUUGGGGAAAAAAUAGUUUUUUAAAAAGUUUCUAUAAUGAAAAAAAAGUUUUGUCGUUAUUUUGCUUGGUUUUUCAUGCCCCAAAACGACAAGACUUUUUUAAAGCUUUAAUAGAUGAGCAAUGUCAUAAAGAUAAUGUUCGAAUACAUCAAAAUGCUUUAUAGUUAAUGUACUGUAAUAUAUAUAUAUAUAUAUAUUUCCAGCUCCAUCCAGCCCAAACCUCAGCAACCGGCUCCAUCGACUAUGACCCCCUCUGCAUUGUUAUGGGAUCAGAAAGCUGGGCCAAAGCUCAAGAAGAAGCCGAACUAGACUCCCCAAGAUGGCCACAACCCCUGCCACCCCAACUAGUAUCGCUAGACGCAGCAGUAUCCAUGUUUGGUCGAAUCUACCCGCUAGUACCCUCAAGGCACAAACUUCAACUCACCAAUCAUUUUAUCAAUUGCAUGGCCAAUCUAAGACAAACCCCACGCUUACAGGCGAUUCAAUUGAAUAUACUCGGAGCCCUGCUAUCCGGUAUGAAGGCAAUGUCUGAGCUACGGAAUUAUCGACCACAAGGCACGGAACACCAGGAUCAAACGGUGAAACUGUUGAGGCAGUUCGUCACCGCUGACAACCCACUACAACGUUGUUUGGCUAUAGAAGCGUUGGGCCGAAUGUCACAAGCCAUAUCAGAGCCAAAAUUCUUUGCAGGCUUGGCACAGUCUAGUUUCAACGAUCUUCAGGCUAUGAAAGAUGAGAAAAGCAGGUCAGGCUUAGCAUUGUCAUUGGGAGCGUUGCAUAGAUAUGUUGGCUCAUUGGGUAGUGGACAUCAUCUACACACGGCUGUCAGCCUGGUGUUGAGCUUGGCCCAAGAUCAUUCGUCGAUUACUAGCAGGGUAGGUGUGGUCUUUAGUGUGAUUAUUGGGGAUGAUUUUGGGAUUUUUGAAGGGCGUGGUAAAAAUUUUUUUAGGGUGGGAGAGUGGGUUUUAGGUGAAAAAAAAUGAAUUUUUUUCAUGGAAGGAUUAGGUUUAAUUUUAAUAAAAAUUUUUUUUUGGGGGGGGUGCAUUUUUUGGACUAAAAAUUUUUUUUCCAAAUUGGUCUAAUGUAGCUUUUAAAACCUAAGAAUCUCAUAAAAACCAUCAAUUUCAGGCCUGGGCCCUCCUAUCGCUCUCCCUAAUCGCCUCCACUGGUGGUGGUAUGUUCCGCGGCUACGUGGAGCCAAGUCUAGCCAUGUGUAUCCGCCUUCUCUUAACAACUCCACAAACCAACGUUGAAGUCAUUCAAUGCAUCGGAAAGCUUGUGUCAACGUUAAUCACAGCAGUUGGACCCGAGCUAACAUCGACAGACGCGAGCAUGGAGAAGAUGAGGUCUUCGUUCAUUGUGGCGUGCUCAAUGAUGUUCGAACAUUCGGAUGCUCAGAUCAAGGCUGAGGCCAUUGCUUGUCAACAACAACUUCAUCUGUUUGCGCCGAGAUUUGUGGAGCUAGAUCGACUGGUCGGAACGAUUUGUGUGGGUUUUUGAAAUUUUUUAAUUUUUCGAAAUUUAAAUUUUUUUUAAUUAAAAAAAAAAUUUUGAAAUCAUAAAAAUUUUUGAAAUUCGAAAAAAUUUUAAAAUUUAAAGUCAAAAAAUUAUAUUGUUAUAGCACCAGCUCUACUCUCCCCACUUCAUCCUCCGAAAAGCCGCCAUCAACUGCCUAAAGCAACUACUACAACGAGAAGCCAAAGAAGUGAGAGAACGAGCCCAAAGCCUCAUCCCAGCCGGCAUUAUCGACCAGUCCAAGCUCAAAGACUGCCCUCUACCCGACUCUGGUCUAGAAGGAGCCCUCUUCGACCUUCUCGACAUUGAAUCCGACCCAGAACAACGUGAUAACAUCAUGGAAUGCGUCCUCUUCCUCGUCCAACAUUCGGCUAGUGAAAUGCUUCAGUUCUGGCUUCAGAUGUGCAAAGACAUUCUGGCGUCGAGUAACAGUGAGAACGUACGAUCUACCUUGGUUAUAAAGGAAGAUGGCAAGGAGAAAGGAGAAGAAGUGGUAGCAGAUGACGAUGAUACACUUCAAGGAGUACAACUAGGCGACACCAAGGUCAGAGACAAAGUGGCACCACGAUGGCCAACCAGAGUGUUCGCUUUUUCCAUCGUCCGAAAGCUCAUGAGCCUAUGCGAGACGGAAAGAGCCCAUCUUGACCUCGCUCUAGCCAAAGAACUUCAGCCAAGCUCCACUCAAGACUAUCUAGUACUACAUCUGGCCGAUCUUGUUCGUAUGUCAUUCAUGGGAGCAACCUCCGAAAUCUCCGAGUUACGUCUAGCUGGCCUAGCCUGCCUACACGAUGUCAUAGAUCGAUUUGCCAAGGUACCCGAACCCGAGUUCCCAGGUCACGUGAUCCUAGAACAGUUCCAAGCCCAAGUCGGCGCGGCCCUCAGGCCAGCCUUUGAAGCCCAAACUCCAUCUCAUGUGACAGCGGCCGCAUGUCAAGUAUGCUCAGCUUGGAUUGGCUCAGGUGUAGCUAGGGAUCUAAACGACUUGAGGAGAGUACAUCAACUACUAGUGUCGAGUUUGGACAAACUUAAGAAUGGAUCAGAGAAUGCUCAGCUAUUCAAUGAAUCAGCUGCCACAUUAGAGAAGUUGAGUAUCCUCAAAGCAUGGGCCGAAGUAUAUAUCGUCGCCAUUCAAGAUGAACAACAAGAAAAGGAAGAGAAUUGCACAGAGAGCUUGCUAAGCUUGGUCAAUCCAGAGCUACAAGUCCUUCUGGGCCAUUGGCUUGGAGCGUUGAGGGAUUCAGCUCUAUUAAGUUUGCCAGCCGAGUUCGGAGAUCAAUUACCACCGAAUGGAGGCAGCUUUUACACGCCUGAUAGCGCCGAGGUAAGGGUUGAUUAGUGGAGGAUACGCUUGAUUUUUGGAGGGCGCGGGUAGAGGCAAGGGUUGUUUUUGUCGGACAGGAAAGGAGUUGUGGGUAGAUUAGUGGAGAUCACGGGUGAAGGUAAGGGUAGAUCAGUGCAGGCCAGGGUAUGUUUAGGGCAGAGCAGGGUUGGAGGUAGGGGUAGAUUAGUGGAAGGCAGGGGUGGAGGUAAGGGUAGAUUAGUGGAGAUCUGGAUAGAUUUAGGGCAGAGCGGGGGUGGAGGUAAGGGUAGAUUUUUGAAAGACGGGGGGGUGAAGGUAAGGGUUGAUUAACGUAGGACUGGGGUGGAUGUAAUGGCAGAUUAGGAGACAGUGUAAAAAUGGCAUGAACUUUCUUUACAAAACAAAAGGCAAGAACUUUCUUUACAAAACCUAAAAUGGCAAGAACUUUCUUUACAAAACAAAAAAUGGCAAGGACUUUCUUUACAAAACAUAAAAUUGCAAGAACUUUCUUUACAAAACAAAAAAUGGCAAGAACUUUCUUUACAAAACAAAAAAUUGCAAGAACUUUCUUUACAAAACAUAAAAUUGCAAGAACUUUCUUUACAAAACUAAAAAUGGCAAGAACUUUCUUUACAAGACAAAAAACUGCAAGAACUUUCUUUACAAAACCAAAAAUUGCAAAAACUUUCUUUACAGAGCAAAAAAUUGCGGAAACUUUCUUUACAAAACAAAAAAAUGGCAAGAACUUUCUUUACAAGCGUUUAAAAUUUAAAAAAAAAUUUUUUAUAAUAACAUCUUUUCAAAAUGAUAUGUAUAAACUUUACAGACCUGCAAAGAAUACUAUCGUCAGUGCUGGCCUCCAAUCCUGCUAGCCUCCUCGAUUUGGCUAAAACAAAAUGACCAUGCCAAGAUCGAGUGUGACCCUCUAUUAGGAUUGGAAAAGAAGGAAAAACGGUUCUAUUUGAUGUUGGGAAUGUGUGUCGAAGCCCUCUGUAACACUCGACAGUUCAGUGACAACGAACGGACUAUCUAUUUGGGACUGGAAACUCUCAAGAACCUAAUCGACUCACCCUGGGCGCAGCUCGAGUUCAUGAAGGAUGUGAAAAUGUCGAUCGAGGUCAUGAAUGUUCUUCAUAGGUAAGAUAUAAUAUAGGCUAGAUAAGUGAGAAUAGGUAAGGGAAUGAGAAGGGGAGACAAGCUUUUUAGAGGUUUUGUAGGUAGGGCGGGGUAAAAAAAUUUUUUUAAAUAUUUUUUGUUGGGAGGGGUAAUAAUUUUUUUUGAAGCGGGCAUGGUUAAAAAAAAUUUUGAGUUGGGUGUGGUAAAUUUUUGUUAUUAGCAUGUGGAUGGGCGGUGCAAAAUUUUUUUUGUGUUUAACAAGCUAAAAAAACGUUUUUUAGAGCGUGGGCAGAGAAAAAUAAAAAAAAUUUUUGGGAGGGGUAAAAAUUAAAAAUUAUUUUUUAAGCAUAAAAUUGGAUGAAAUAUAUCGGGGCGGGGCAAAUUUUUUUAUUUUGGGCUAGAUCAAAUACGGUACGCCACGCUUUCUCAAAAAUUUUAAAUUUUAAAAAAUUGAAAUUUUUAUUUUCAGACUAAUCCUAACCCGCGACAGCCUAACAGUCCAAAAACAUUGUACGGAUGUGGUUGAAAAAGUAGUCCAAGCAGCCCAAUCAGCCUUGAAAGAGAAAAAUCCAGAGAAUUCGGACGAAUAUUUUGAUGGAUUUGACUCUGCCUCAGGCAAAAUCAAACACACCACCAGCUUGACCUUUGCCACACUCGAAGUAUGUCUAUGCGUGUUGGUUAGACAGAUACCACAAAUCAAUUCGGAGCUGACUAAAGGUCGACAACCCAUUCACCAUCGAAAGUACAGUAGACUACCGUACGAAUCGGCCGAGUUGAUCAAAAAAGCCAUCGAUCUUCUGAACGAAGUGCCUAGUCUAAGCUCGGAACGGGGCAGUCUGGUCGUCCUACCCUCGAUCUUCUACUUGAUCUUGGCGAUUUUGAGAGAGAGCUCGAGGCUAGAUCCAGAAUUCAAUGACAUAACCCCAGGCGAUCUUACAGUAGGCGCGGCUGGAGCUAUCAAAGCUCUAAAACAGUUGGUAUCGCAACCACCCACCAACGAAGCACUGCUUGAUCAAUGGGCAUCGAUAGUCAGAAGCGCUCUACUCUCUCUUCUCAAGAUGGGCGACGAUGUGGAACACAAGGUCGAUGACUCGGUGAUCAUGCUGGCUAGCUGUGUGAUCAUCACCUCAACUCCGAAGAACUUUGAGAUUGGGUUACAGCUGUUCUACAGAAUUUGUGAAGUCGUGAAGAAGUGCUUGAAGUCGAAGCAUUUCCAAGUCCAAUUCAAGGCUUUACAGACCGUUAACAGCCUGUUUCAGCGCAAGGAAACGGCCGCUGCUUAUGUUAAAGGUAAGGAAUCAUACCUUCUGGAACAGCGGGAAAGUGGUUGACAAGUUGAAGUUUGUGCUUUGAGGGUACUAGGUGGUAGAUGCGGCCGAACAUGGAUACUGCCAAAUCUAGCGAUACUAGUUGAGGUGACAGAGGUUGUGGCGAUCUUGGGGAGUCUAGGUCGGUUUCUUCGACUUUGGCCCAGCGUUCUGAUCCCGUAACAAUACAGAGGGGGUCAUAGUCUAUCGAACCGGUUGCUGAGGGUUGGGCCUUUUUCGGACAAAAAACCCAUGACUAAUAGACUUUAAAGGAGGCCAACUAGGCCCAGCCGGGCCAGGUCGAGGCUUUUUUAAAAGGGGCCGGCCAAGGACGUCGUUUGGGGAGGGGGAGGGGGGGGGGUACCCCCUCCCCCAGAGCCAAUCCGAAAAAAAUUACGCAGGACCUGUACGCGAAAAAACAAAAAAUUUUAUGAAAAACCGGUCCACAGGUCCCUUACCUGUGGACGAAAAAUUUUUUUUCGACCUCCCCCUCCCCCAGAGAAAAUCCGUAGCGACGUCCCUGGGGCCGGCCCGGGCUCGCACAUGUGGACCCGAAGACUGGACCCUAAAACAUGACUCCGGGGGCUCAACUUAGGUUUCGCCAAUGGCGCCGCUAGGGCGGGGGAGGGUGGAUCCAACCCCUGUACCUGUGGACCAAAAAAAUUUUUAGGUCUUCACCCCCCCCCCACCCUCCCCCCCAAGAAAAAAAUCUGUAGCGACGCCCCUGGGUCCCGCAACGAAAGAUUUUACUUGCGAAAACCGUAAAACGAACUUGAUUUUAAAGCUAUUAUAUUUACUUAACAAUCGUUUUUAAAUGGUCCGGGCUGAAAAAUUGUGCCCAGCUGCUUUAUAGGUCUAAACCCCUAUUUUACCUUGCCUGAGCCAUAAAAUGAGAAACAGUUUCAUUUUUUUAGACCAUCCUUAACUAACUUUUUCCCAACUUUCAGAGCUAGGCCCAGCCGUCUUCAACAAAAUAAAGCCCUACCUAAUGGACGAAGGCAUGGUAAUUGCGGACGAAAAUGGCAAAACUCACAAACCGGCCUCAGAAACCGACCUGCCCGUCCUGACUGAACUCUCGGAUUCCGAGCUACUCACGAUCCAAGAAACGAUAAAAGCGGUCGAAUCAGUUUUGGCAAUGUCCAAAGGCGAAAAAACGUUCAUGUUCGUCAAUCUACUAGUCCGAUGCUUGGUCAGAUUUUUGUGUCCUGAUCCCGAGAAUCAACUGAAGAGCGUGCCUGAGAAUGUGAAGAAGCUACACGACUUUGCUUAUCAGAGGCUUCACAUGAUUGGGCCGAAAUAUCCGGAGGUAAGGGUGGUGGAUGGUGAUAUAGGGGUUGAGGAAGAGGUGGAGAAGUGUUUUUUCUAGUCAGGGCAGGGGUGGAGAUGUAUUUUUCUAGUCUUGGCAGGGGUGGGGAUGUAUGUUUUUAGAUCGGACAGGGGUGGAGAUUUAUUUUUCUUGUCUAGGCAGGAAAACGGAGAUAAAUAAUGGCUAGGGGAGGAUCUGAAAAUGGAUUUUUUAAAAUUUUUUCGUCGAUUUUUGAGAAAUUUCGACCGAUUUUUUAUUAGAAAUCAAGAUUUUUCCAAUUUCAAAACCAGUGUUUUGCCCGGACCGGUCCGGAGCGUUUUUCAACGAUCCGGUCCGGCGAUUUUCGGGUCUGGUCCGGUCUAAACUUCAAAUUUUUGGGUCCGGUCCAAACCCAAAAUUUUUGGGUCCGUCCGCGGACCGGACCGGUCCGGCAAAACACUGUUUAAAACGAAUUUUUAAAAAAUUUUAAAAAUUACUUGAAUGACAAGCUUAAUAUCCCCACUUUUCAGCCCUUCAAAGGCCUAAUCCAACACUGUGCGCCAGUAAAACAGCGAAUCGAAGCCGCCGCCAGCGUGAUUCAACGCCAAUUCGAAGCCCAAAAACAAGCCCAGCUGGAGCAACAACAAAAGGCCAAAGCCGCCCAUUUGGCCGCUCUUCAGGCCGCCAACCAAAAACCCACCAUCGAACUCAAAAUGGACUUUGGAGGAUUCAAAUAG